AUGACGAUCGAUACAGCCAGAUUCGAUUUUAAUGAUAACUCUCAUAGGCGUUAUAAUCCCAUGAUUGAUUCGUGGGUCAUUGUUUCCCCUCAUCGUGCUAAAAGGCCUUGGCUGGGGCAGCAGGAGACUCCAUCAAAGCCAGACGUUCCAGAAUACGAUAGUAAAUGCUACCUGUGUCCGGGCAACGAAAGAGCUACAGGCCCAAGAAAUCCUGAUUAUACUUCAACGUACAUUUUCCCGAACGACUAUCCAGCUGUCAAGUUGAAUCAACCUGACUAUCACAGUGAAAAAGACAAGAAUAGUCUGGAGGAUCGAUUUUUCAAGGUACAAUCAGUUAAGGGUAAUUGCUUCGUUAUUUGUUUCAGCCCGAAACACAAUGUAACUCUUCCGCAAAUGGCCCAUAAUGAUAUUGUCAAGAUUGUGGAUGCCUGGACCGAACUGUAUCUGAAAUUGGAGAAAGAGGCUAAGGAAGAACAUAAGCCAUAUAAGUACUUGCAGAUUUUUGAAAAUAAAGGGACUGCAAUGGGAUGCUCUAAUCUUCAUCCCCACGGCCAGGCAUGGUGCCUAAAUGUUGUGCCAUAUGAAGUUGAAAGGGAGUUCAAAUCUUUUCACGGCUACGAAAGUAAGUACCAUAGUCAUAUGCUCAAAGACUAUGUGGUCUUGGAAUUGGAAAAAAGGGACAGAAUUGUGAUUGAAAAUGACUCUUUUAUAGUGGUUGUACCAUACUGGGCAGUUUGGCCUUUUGAAACGAUGAUUGUGAGUAAGACGCAAUUAGCUUCGUUGAAAGAUUUUAAUGAGCAGCAAAGGGAAGACUUAGCUUCUUGCAUGAAACAGUUGACUACCAAAUACGAUAAUCUCUUCGAAACGAUAUUUCCAUAUUCUAUGGGACUGCAUCAGGCCCCUCUUAAUGCUACCGCAGAAGAAAAAGAGAACGCUUGGUUUCACAUGCAUUUCUAUCCUCCGUUGCUGAGGUCGGCGACUGUCAGGAAAUUUUUGGUCGGUUUCGAAUUACUGGGCGAGCCUCAGCGGGAUUUGACUGCUGAGCAAGCAUGUGAGAGGUUAAGAGAGUUGGAUGGUAAUGUACAUUAUUUACAACACCUUUAA